AUGUCGUUUUUAAAGUCUGCCAAGUCUAUUGUACCACUUUUGGACCGUGUGUUGGUUCAAAGAGUUAAGGCUGAAGCAAAGACUGCUUCUGGUUUGUAUCUUCCCGAGAAAAAUGUUGAGAAGUUAAACCAAGCGACUGUUUUGGCGGUUGGUCCCGGGUUUACGAAUGCUCAAGGUGAAAAGGUGACUCCUAGUGUGGAAGUUGGCGAUAAGGUUCUAAUUCCACAGUUUGGUGGCUCCACUAUCAAGUUGAACAAGGACGAUGAGGUGAUUUUGUUCAGGGACUCUGAGAUCUUGGCAAAGAUCCAGGAAUGA